AUGAGCAAGCCCGGUUUAUCCUUCGGGCUCAAUUUGGGCAAAAAGACAGGGCCAGCCAAGUCCCGCCCUCCUCCGCGAAAGGCAGCGUUCGGCGGCGGCGACGACUCCGACGACGAAGCCCAAAAUGCGUCAAAGAAUGAAGAGACCAUCACAGAGCUCGACGGCUUCGCACCGGCGACGACAAGUACCGCAGAUGAUGCAGCAUCAUCCAAACACAAGAAAGGCAGAAUACCACAGGAGCCGCCGAAGCUCAAAUCGAAAGUCGAUUCCAGCCGGCAGUUUGGCGAUCUCUCCUCUGCGCUGACCUCCAAGAAAUAUGCUGAAGCGGCCGAGGCUCUCGAUCCCUCAGUUUACGACUACGAUGCUGCACACGAUGUCAUCCAAGCCGCGAAGAAGCAGCGCGAGGCUGAGAUCAAGAAAGAGACUGCGCAACGCAAAUCGCGGUACAUGUCAGACGUAACCAAGGCGGCCGAGCAACGAGAAAGGGAUCGUUCAAUCGCAGAGCUCAAAAAGAUUCAGAGGGAGAGGGAGGCCGAGGGCGAUGAAUUCGCAGACAAGGAGAAGUUCGUCACAGAGGCGUACAAGCGGAAGCAGGAGGAAGACAGGAUAGCCCAGGAGGAGGAGAAGAGGAGGGAAGAGGAAGAGAGAAAGAAAAACAAGUUUGGCGGUAUGACGGGUUUCCACAAGGAGCUUCUCGAACGCGAGGAUCAACUCAGAGCGGACAUGGAAAAGAUGGUUUCUAAAUCGGCGGUACCGGGUGGGAUUCCCAAAGUAGAAGACGAAGGGAAUGAGGAGGACAGGACAGAGAAAGACGUGGCGCGCGAGAUCAACGAGAAAGGGGGCGCGGUUAUGGUCAACGAGGACGGAGAAGUCGUCGACAAGCGCCAACUGCUCCAGGGUGGUCUCAAUCUCGGCGCAAAGAAGAAGACAGAGGCGCCCAAGGACCAGGGCCGCUCGUCAUCAGACUCAAGAUCCCGCGAUCACUCGAAGGGGCACUUUGCCUCCGGGGGCAAGCAGGCCAUGCGCGACAGGCAGACCCGCAUGCUCGAGGCGCAGUUGGAGGAAUCACUCAAGAGGGCCCGCGAGGAGGAAGAAGAGGAGAGGAAGAAGGUUGAACAGGAGACAAAGUCCAGGAAGACUAACGCAGAUAUAUCGAGUGCCAAAGAGAGAUACCUUGCCCGUAAGAGGGCUGCGGAGGAGGCCAAGAAGAAUGGCCAGCAGGACGGACCAUAG